ACAACUUCAUCAAGAGAGAGAGAGAGAAAAAGAGGAUGAGAGAAGAAGGUAUGAGAGAAGAUGAAUCCCCUGUUAGUUUGUUUGAGACAAAGGAAGGAAGAUUCCGAGGAUUGUACAAGGUAUUUGCAACAACAAUAUUUGGCGCUAUUUGUUUGAUCUGGGUUUACAGAAUGGUGAACAUGGGCAGAAUCGAAAGAGGAAGGUGGUGUUGGAUGAGUGUUAUGGUGUCAGAGUUUGGUUUUGGAUUAUACUGGAUCAUCACACAGUCUGUUCGAUGGAGAAUACUCUACCACACACCUUUCAAACACACCCUCUUAAACAGAUAUGAUGAGAAGAAUUUACCAGCAGUGGACAUUUUUGUAUGCACGGCUGAUCCAAAACUGGAACCUCCAUGCAUGGUGAUGAACACAGUGUUAUCAGCAAUGGCAUACAACUAUCCUGCAAAUAAAUUGAACGUGUAUCUCUCUGACGAUGGAGGCUCUGAGCUAACAUUCUACGCUCUCUUAAAGGCCUCCACUUUUUCCAAACAUUGGUUACCCUUUUGUAGAAGAUUCAAUGUUGAGCCUAGGUCCCCGGAAGUCUUCUUUGCUCGUCCCCAAAAUUCAAGCACUAGCACUGAGUAUCAGAAAGCAUAUUUACAUAUCAAGAAAUUGUACGAGGAAAUGAAAAGUGAGAUUGAAUCAGCGGCAGUAAAGGGAGAGCUUCCAGAGAAUGUGAGAAAUGAGCACAGGGGGUUCUCAGAAUGGAACCCAAAAUCGACAAAGCAGGAUCACCAGUCUAUUGUGCAGAUUAUAGUGGAUGGAAGAGACAGAAAUAGUGUAGAUGAAGAUGGAUUUGAACUUCCAACAGUGGUAUACAUGGCACGAGAGAAACGACCCAACCAUCCUCAUCACUUCAAAGCUGGUGCUGUUAAUGCACUGAUAAGAGUAUCAUCCCAAAUAAGCAAUGCUCCUUUCAUCCUCAACUUGGACUGUGACAUGUACUCCAAUAAUGCAGAUACAAUUCAAGAAAUACUAUGUUUUUUCCUGGACGAAACAAAAGGACAAGAUAUAGCAUAUGUACAAUUUCCCCAAAGCUUCAGUAACAUCACCAAAAAUGACCAGUAUGGAAAUUCUUAUCUUGUAACCGCUAAGUAUGAGUUAGCUGGCAUAUGCGGAUAUGGAGCAGCCUUGUUCUGUGGAACAGGAUGCUUACAUAGAAGAGAAAGUCUUUCAGGAUCUCACUUGAAAGAUUACAAAGUAAAUUGGGAGAAGAAGCCUAAAAGAAACAAUAACAGAACAAUUGAUGAACUGAAUGAAGCAUCGAAGGCUCUUGCCACUUGCACCUAUGAAGAGGGCACCUUAUGGGGGAAGGAGAUGGGAUUAGUGUAUGGUAUUCCUGUAGAAGACGUUGCAACUGGCCUUGUAAUCUCGUGUAGGGGUUGGAAAUCUAUUUAUUACAACCCAGAAAAAAAGGCAUUUCUGGGCAUAGCUCCAACAACCUUGGAUGUAGCAUGUCUUCAGCAUACGAGGUGGUCAGAAGGCAUGUUCCAAGUUUUCUUCUCCAAGUAUUGCCCUUUCAUUUAUGGGCAUGGAAAGAUACACUUGGGUGUUCAAAUGGGAUAUUGCAAUUACCUCUUGUGGGCUCCUAUGUCCCUGCCCACUCUUUGUUAUGUCAUUGUUCUUCCUAUCUCCUUGUUUCAUGGCAUUCCAUUGUUCCCAAAGCUUUCAAGCAUGUGGGUCAUUCCAUUUGCGUAUAUAUGA